GUUGGAUCGUGUGCGCAUCGAGCACCUGUGCGUGUCGGUACAGCCUCGUUUUCUCGCUCGUUCCGCGGACUCGCGAUUCCCUUUUUCAGUUGACGAGCGAGGAACGCCGAAAGAAGAGGCUGCUGAAGCCGUUGCAUCGAAUGUGAAAAACGAGCUACGGCAACAUGAGCGACAAGAGGAAGAUACCGUCCAGCUGGAAAAGGCAAGAAGAACAGAGCAACAGGCCCAAGGACCCGGUCAGGCCACCGAGGACAAGGACGCAACAGGCUCGUCACAAUGCAGCUAUCGAUCGACACGACAAUCGCGUCAAGAAAGUCUCGAUGACGACCCUCGAUGAAAACGUGAACCGUGUUCCACGGGUGUACACAAACGAACGAGAGGAAGAAGAUCGAUCUGGUUGGCAAGAAAGAAUAGAACGUCUUUCAAUGGAUAGUCAGGAUAAAAAGACAUCGGAUGUAGGACAACCUGUACAAAUCGUGCUUGCUCAUCCAGACCAUAGUUUCGAAUUAAACGAAGAAGCCUUGUCAAAAAUUCUCCUUGAUGAUGAUAUUAAGAAUAGGAGUGUGGUUGUUGUGUCAGUAGCAGGUGCUUUCAGGAAAGGCAAAAGCUUCCUACUAGACUUUUUCUUGCGAUACAUGAACAGUCAGUAUAAUAAUAAUAACCAGACGGAUUCUUGGUUGGGCAAAGAUGAUGAACCACUGAGUGGAUUUUCAUGGAAAGGAGGCUCUGAAAGAGACACAACAGGGAUAUUAAUGUGGUCGAAAGUUUUCUGCGGUACUUUACCGGACGGUGAAAAAGUUGCUGUGAUUUUAAUGGAUACACAAGGUGCUUUCGAUAGCCAGUCCACAGUGAAGGACUGUGCGACUGUGUUUGCUCUAAGUACAAUGUUGUCAUCCGUACAAAUUUAUAAUCUAUCGCAAAACAUCCAAGAGGAUGAUCUUCAGCACUUGCAACUUUUUACGGAAUAUGGUAGGCUGGCGUUACAAAAGUCUGGAGUCACACCGUUCCAGAAGUUACAAUUCUUAGUGAGAGAUUGGAGUUACCCAUACGAAGCACCCUAUGGUUCAGAAGGUGGAAAAGAGAUACUGAACAGAAGAUUAGAAAUCUCCGACAAACAACAUCCAGAAUUGCAAAAUCUGAGAAUGCAUAUUAAGUCUUGCUUCUCGGAAAUAUCUUGUUUUCUAAUGCCACAUCCAGGCCUGAAUAUUGCCACUAAUCCUCGUUUCGAUGGUAGAUUAUCGGAAAUUCAACCAGAAUUUAAGGAACAGCUCAAAGUGCUCAUACCGGUGUUGUUAGCUCCAGAGAAUUUAGUUCCAAAGAAAAUCGAUGGUCAACUUGUGAAAGCAAGGGAUUUGUUAGAAUAUUUCAAAAGCUACAUGAAAAUUUACAAAGGAAACGAGCUUCCAGAACCAAAAAGUAUGUUAGUGGCAACAGCAGAGGCAAAUAAUUUGGCUGCGGUAACGGAAGCGAGAGAAUUUUAUAUACGAUUAAUGGAAGAUGUCUGUGGAUCGAGAAAACCAUAUUUAACAACAGCACGUUUAGAAACCGAGCAUGCACGUUGUAUGGAUAAAGCUAUGUGCAUAUUUCAAAAUAAAAGGAAAAUGGGCGGAGAUGCAUUUAGUCAAACCUACAUGAAAAAAUUAUGUGAGGAUAUGGAUAAAGCGUUUGUUCACUUUAAAGCACAAAAUGAAAGUAAAAAUGUUUUCAAAUCAACACGAACCGCAGGAGUAUAUGGUGCAAUUGUUGCCAUCAUGUACUUUUUGUCCUCAGUAUUUGCUUUUACUGGCUUAUAUUUGCUAGCAAAUAUUUGUAACUUCAUCAUGUGCAUCUGUAUAUUAACCCUCAUGUUGUUGGCAUAUAUUAGGUACAGUGGUAAUUACGACACACUUGGGGUAGUAAUAGAUGAAGUGGCAAACACUUUAUGGAAUAAUGUCCGAGAUAUGGGUGUACUAUUCACUGUACUUACACUUGCUGUGGCUGCUGCUUCAUCAUGGUUUAUAAUUUUAUAUGGUUUCAUUUCAUUUCCACUUCCUUCUCCACCUUUGUCUUCUACACGUUUUAGUUUUGGAAAUAUAUCUAAUUUUUGGGAACAUUUAUAUUCUAUUAUUGAGAAAUAUCAAAUAUUCAAAAAUAUCAACUAUUACUUCGGUAAUUAUAUAGAAAAGGGCACACCUCACCGAUUUCAAUAAGCUUGAAAUAUGUUGUCAAGGAUAACAUUCUGAACAAUUUUUUACUGUACAUUUAAUUACCGCUCGACCUUCGUGUUAGUUACUAUUACAUUUCAUUCCUAUAACAUAAUAAGCAUAUAACAUAAAUGACCGCAUUUUUAUAUGACCCAACCUAAACUUAACUCCAAUCCGUAACCCAUAACUUUUAUUUUUUGUUUGCACAAUAUCAAAAAUAGUUUUCUUUCACCAAUGAAUUAAACUUAGGUUGGACUAUAUAAAGAUGCCCGCCUACUUCAGAGUGGCGUGAAAUCUUAACAUGAAUUGUAUUGAGGUUUUUUGCGAAUAUUUCAGAAAUUAAGGCCGAGUGACGAUAACAUGUACAGAAAAAAAAUUUUUCCGAAUGUUGACUUUGGUGAUCUUGACAACACAUUCCAAGGUCAUCAAAAUUGAUAAGGUGUGCCCUUUCCCAAAUGAUUACCAUUACUUCUUAUUCUAGCUCUGAGUUCUUGCAAUUCCUUUUUACAUUGUUGUUCGUCCAUUUUUUUUUUUUUUUUUUAGAGAUAUUUAUAUAAUCUAACAAAUAUUAUUAUUAAUAAUAUUUAUAAAUUAUAGAUCCUUGUUCAAAUUUCUACUCUUCUCUUUUUUCAGAAUAUAUACAUUACUUAACAAA